AGAAGUUGCAGAGAAACGUGCCGGGAUGCCCGUAGGCUGAGGAGAGCUGCGGGCUCUCCCCAGCGGCACCUGGCAACAGCGACCCGCCUUUGCCGGAGGGAAGGACGAAGGGAGGGAAGCACUUUCGGGAAGCCGCCUAUCCCCACGCCGACCUCCCUCCGCUUGCCUCCCCGGCGGCGGAGCCCCCCGCCCUGCCCGGGCAGCCGCGGGGACGGCCUUGCGGGGCGGCCCCCCCCCCCGAGCCGCCGCGGGAGCCGGCAGCCGGCGGCGGGGGCGCCGCGGAGCGGAGCGGAGCCACCCGGCACGGCCGCUCGCCGCCAGCCCGCCCGGCGCUGCGGGGAGGCGGCUGGCGGAGCGGGCUGCGGGCGCGCCGGGCGGGGCCGCCGCGGGGCCUCUCCUCCCGCCGCCCCCCGGCCUCUCCCACCGCCGCCCCCCGGCCUCUCCUCCCGCCGCCCCGCGGCAUGGUCGCCCCCGCCCCGCGGUGCCCCUGCCCCGCCCCGCUGCUGCCGCCCGCCCGCCCGCGCCGCCGGGGCCCGCGGGAAGAUGGAUGGGCACGUCCUGGGAUGGAUCGUCCUCCUGUGGCUCGCAGCUGAGGUGGAAGGGUUGCAGGUCACUGUGCCUGAGAAGAAGAAGGUGGCCAUGUUGUUUCAGCCUGCUCUGCUUCGCUGCCAUUUCUCUACUUCUUCCACCCAACCAGCUGUGGUACAGUGGAGGUUUAAGUCUUACUGCCAAGACCGAGUGGGAGAAGCUUUGGGUAUGGCAACUUCUGGUCUACAAACAAUGAGCAAGAGGAACCUGGACUGGGAUCCCUACCUGGACUGUGUGGACAGCAGGAGGACAGUCCGUGUCGUGGCGUCCAAACAAGGAUCUGCCGUCACUAUAGGGGACUUCUAUAAGGAAAGAGAUGUCAGCAUUGUCCACGAUGCAGACCUUCAGAUUGGGAAGUUGAUGUGGGGUGACAGUGGGCUCUAUUACUGCCUUAUUAUCACACCAGAUGAUGUGGAGGGCAAGAAUGAAGAAUCAGUGGAGCUGCUUGUGCUUGGCAGGACAGGGCUGCUUGCUGAUCUCUUGCCCAGUUUUGCUGUGGAGAUUAUGCCAGAGUGGGUCUUCGUGGGCCUGGUGAUCCUGGGGGCGUUUUUGUUCUUUCUCCUGGUGGGGAUCUGCUGGUGCCAGUGCUGCCCACACAGCUGCUGCUGUUACGUCCGCUGCCCCUGCUGUCCUGAGUCCUGCUGCUGUCCUCGGGCAUUGUAUGUAGCAGGCAAGGCAGCAAAAGCUGGGUACCCUCCUGCAGUCGCUUCCAUGCCAGGUCCAUACUACAUCCCCAGUGUUCCUGUAGCUGGUGUCCCAUCUCCUGCUGUGCUGAUGGAUAAAUCGCACCCCCCUCCUUUAGCCCCAAGUGACUCCAGCGGAGGAAGCCAAAAUGCAGUGCGCAAAGGGUACAGGAUCCAGACUGACAAGGAAAGGGACUCCAUGAAGGUGCUGUACUAUGUCGAGAAAGAACUGGCUCAGUUUGACCCAGCUAGGAGGAUGCGAGAACGAUAUAACAACACCAUCUCUGAACUCAGCUCUUUGCAUGAGGAGGACUUGAACUUCCGGCAGCCCUACCGCCAGGUGCGAAGGAAACCUCUGCCUCCAGCAGGGGACCUGGAUGGAGAUGCUGAAUACUGGGCAGGAGUGAGGGGUGGGGGCAGCACAUCCAGAUCACAGGCUGUCUCCGAUUACCGCGACGAGCGGGACAGCUUCCGGCACAGCCAGCAGAGAUCCAAGUCGGAGAUGUUGUCCCGUAAGAGUUUCUCAGUGGGAGUGCCGGCCGUCUCGAUGGAUGAGCUGGCAGCCUUUGCAGAGUCCUACAGCCAGCGGACCCGGCGGGCAGACAGCCAGGAAACUCGGCGUUUCGAGCGCUCGGAGUCGCACUGUGGCCGUGGUGGAGGGCUGCACCACCAGGACAGCUCCCUGGAGGAGUACUACACCAAGCGUAGCAGAGGGAACCGGGAGCCGCUGACGGACUCGGAUCGGGGCUGGUCAUACAGCCCACCCCGGAGAUGUGCCCAUGAGGAGAAGCACCUGCCCAGGCUGGUGAGCCGGACGCCCGGAGGGAGCCAGAAAUACGAUCACUCCUACCUCAGCAGCGUCUUGGAUAGGAAAUCCCGGAGCUAUGAUGAGAGCGAUGACCACAAUGAAACCCCCUCAAAGCUGAGCUCGCAGGCCAGCCAGAGAGGAGGGGGAUCAUACUAUGCCUGGUCACCACCCUCUACCUACAAAGCCGAGAAGUCGCAGCAGCAGCCGCAGCAGCCGCCACCACCAUCUCAGCAGGAGGAUGGGGAGGACACCCUGCCCCCCUACAGCGAGAGGGAGCUGAGCCGAGGCCCUUCGUACAGGGCCAGGGAGCAGGGCUACCUCAAUGCCUCUGACAAGAAGAGGAAAAAAGACCCCAGGAAAACAAACGAUUUCCCAACGAGGAUGUCCCUUGUAGUUUGAAGUUGUUGUGGACAUGUUAUGUUGAUGAGCUGAUGACUGCAGUGAAGAAGAUACAGAGCAACAAGCAAGACAGGCCUCUGUGGACCUUUGCAGCCACCAGCCAUGGACUCUUUGUUUCAAUUGUUUCAUCGGGGGAGCAGACGCUUUUGUAAGAGACAGACUCCCAUGAACAGCACUCAAUCCCAGAGGCUCUGGGAGUCUGCCAGCAAAAUGAGGCCAGGGCUCUCUUUGGCACCCUGCUUCCCAGUGCCCUCCAUUCUGUGCUGGAAGGCAGCCAUGUCCCUACUGUCCCUGCAGCCCUGAACUACAAGCGAGGCUGCAUUUGUGCCCCUUGCCCUGCCUGAUGUGCAGGGAGAGGCCUGUGUGCAUACCUCUUGCUCUCUGCCUCCUCAGUUCUCCGUUUGGAUUAAAUAUUGUCUUCAUACUUAAUACUGAGAGCCUUUUCUGUAUCAUCCCCAUGUUGGGAGGGAGGCCUUGUUCUUAUAUCUGCAGACUGCCUCCAGCUGCUCAGGGCCUAGAUCGUGAAGGAAAGUCCAUGCCCUUUCAGACACUACAGAAAAGGCCUGAUGAGAUGUUACUUUUGCAGGGGCUGAACAGAGAGAGAGGGAGGGACAAUUGUGGGCUGGCUUGUUCAAUAUAUUUUGUUCUGUUCAUUAUGUGAUGAGAGUUGCAGGUGAGAUUAAUGUAUUGUUUUGAAAGUGGAUCAAAGUAGCUUUUAUUGUGAUGAGAGCAUGAUGUGUUUUUUCCCCCAUCCCCAGUUGCGGUUUGUUUUGCUGCAGCUGCAUUUUCUUGCAGCUGAGCUGUGACCCUGUAGGGCUUCAAGCUAGAAUAUCUACUCCACCACAUCAUAAGCGGUGCUCUAGCCUUGCUGGUGCCCUGCAUCCAGCACCACCAGACAUCUCUGCCUAGUGAGUGGCCUUUUUGUUAUAAAGAAGGAAAAAGGAGGAAGUCUCAGUGACAGCACAGCUGCACAUCUUCAUUCUGUGAUACUGGCAUUUCUCCUUUCUGGUCAUUGUUCCCAGACAUUGAAGAGACCAGUAACAGCAAUGGAAAAAGAAUUAACAUUGUGGAUGAACACAAGCUUUGAAAGUCACCUUUUUCACUUCCAACCAUUCAUUCACUUCAGUUGUGACACGGUUUUAGUGGAUGUUGUCUCAGGAACAGCUGAAUUUAGAAAUGAGUGCUUCAGACCAUCUGGAAGCCUGACAUACUGGUUUUCAUAGGGUAUAAUGCAGUAAUUUCUUUCAUUUUUAGCUGUUAAAAUCAUAACGGGAAGGCAAAUCAUAGGAACAUUUUAAGCUCCAGCACCUUGAUCCCUGUUUCACCAAGAAGCAACUUGGUGCCCUACUUACGGGCAUUGUCAGCCUCUGAAAUGCCACCUGUUGUUACUCUGGAAAUGUGCCUAAGGUGCUCACUCUGGCAAUACUUCUGAACACGAGAUUUAUUAACAUCACUGCAGUUCUCCAUAAAAAUGAUAGGUUCAUUUCAGUAUUACUUCUUUGCCAGAUUAGUUCAUCAGGCAUAGUGAGGAGAGGAAGAAUAAUCUCCAUAGAUCUGAUGACAGAACAGUUUUCAUGCUAGAAGGUGAAAUGAUGAAAGGGUGGCUUUCUUCUCCCAUGGCUCCUCUAGUGAUGAUGGUAGUUUUGGAAAUCCCAGUCCUGGGUCUGCCUGGCCAGAGAAUGGUUAAUCUGCAGGGGCAUACAAUCAUGGAAUCACAGAAUGGUUUGUGUAGGAAGGAAUCUUUAUAGUCCACCCACUCUCAUAGUAAAGAGUUUCUUCCUUAUAUCUAAUCUAAAUCUACUAUCUACUAAAUCUCCAGAGCCUUCUCUUCUCCAGGCUGAACAACCCCAACUCUCUCAGCCUGUCUUCAUAGGAGAGGUGCUCCAGCCCUUUGAUCAUCUUGGUGGCCCUCCUCUGGACUCACUCCAACAGCUCCAUGUCCUUCUGUGUUGAGGGCUCCAGUACUGGACACAGUGCUCCAGUACUCCAGGUGGGAUCUCACCAGAGCAAAGUAGAGGGACAGAAUUACCUCCCUUGCCCUGCUGGCUACACUGCUUGUGAUGCAGCCCAGGAUAGGGUUGGUAUUCUGGGCUGCAAGUGCACAUUGCUGGCUCAUGUCCAAUUUUUAUCUAUCACUAUCCACAAGUCAUCUGCAGGACAGCUCUCAGUUCGUUAAUCCCCCAAACUAUACUCAUGUAGGGGAUUGCCCCAACCCAGGUGUAGAACCUUGUACUUGGCCUUGCUGACCCUCGUGAUGUUCACAUGGGCCCACUGCUCAAGGCUGUCAGGGUCCCUCUGGGUGGCCUCCCUUUCCUCUAGUGAGUCAACUGCACCACUCAGCUUGGUGUCAUCUGCAAACGUGCUGAGGGUGCACUCAGUCCCACUGUCUGUCAUUCAUGAAGAUACUGAACAGAACCAAUGUCAAUACAGACCCCUAGGGAGAUCACUUUUCCUCAUCUCCAUUUGGACACAGAUGUUGACUGCAACUCUUUAGGUGCAGCCAUCCAGCCAGUUCCUUAUCCACCAAAUAGUCCAUCCAUCAAACCCAUCUCUUUCCAAUUUAGUGACAAGGAUGUUGUGUGGGACUGUGUCAAAUGCCUUACAGAAGUCAAGUUAGGUGACGUGAUUUACUCUUCUCCUUACUGACCAAUGCAGUCACUCCAUAGAAGGUGUCCAGAUUGGCACAAUUUGCCUGAAGUUAAGCCCUGCUGGCUGUCUCUAGUCACCUCCUUGCCAUCUGUAUGCCUUGACACAGCUUCCAGGAGGAUCUCUUCCAUGAUCUUACUGGGCAUGGAUGUGAGGCUGACUAGUCAGUAGUUCCCAGGGUCCUCAAUGUUACCCUUUUUAAAAAUGGGUGUUAUGUUUCCCUUCUUGCAGUCACUGGAGGCCUGACCGCCUGACCACCAUGACCUCUCAAAACAGGGAGGGUGGCUCAGCAACUACAUCUGCCAGUGACAUGCCAACUACAUCUACUUGAAUUAUGGCUGGAGAGACUAGAUUUUAAUUGUUUGUUUGUUUUUCAUCUUUAAUGUAUGUUUCCAGGAAAUUCACAGUACAGUUAACAAGAGGUAGACAGGUGGUUGCCUACCAAGGUCUCCAUGGCAUAGAGAAGUCUGCAGAGCUACACAACAUGCUAUUUUAAAUUAAACAAUUCAACCCUGAGAUACGAUGAUACUAGCAGUGAGAAAUGUUGUUUGUUAGCCUCAAAACCUUGGGAACCACUAUGCCACAGAUUUCAAGGGAGUUUAGGCUGCUGUCUUUUCCAUUAGACAUCCAGCAGACCCAGGAAAUGUUUUACAUACAGCAAUUUGAAAUUGCAUCUGCAACAAUGACUAUGUCAGAAAGGGGCCAGAACAGUGAUUUGACAGUCACUGAAUACCUCUAGCUUUUAAAUCAUACUGAAAGGCAGAGUGUCACAGUCUCCUUCUCAUUUGAGUUAAAUCUGCCCCUUCUCUCAGUCACCGUGGUUUAUUUGAUCAAACCCUCAGGAAUGACUUUUGUGUAUUAAAAAUGCAAGCCUUCCCCUCGUUUAUUUGAAUCAAUUUUGUUUGCUUGAUGCUGGUACUUCACGGCAUUUGUACACUAUGUGUAAGAAGCUGCCAUUUAUGUAUCUAGCUUAUAAGUAAGUAAUUGCAAGCUAAUUCUCUUAAGAAAACUAUUUUAAUUGUAGAAACAACUGUUUGUAAGAACUGUCUAACAUUUCUUUGGAAUCCAAGUACCUGGAAAAAUAUAGAUUUUAUGACUAGUGAUUCUAAGAGUUUUACCAGAUGAUAAAAAUUUCAGUUAAAAAAAAAAAAAGAGCCGGUCUUAAUUCUCUGAAGUCAGAUCUGGGCAGCACCCAUCAGUUGGCUCUGCCUUUGCUCUAAAAUUUUAGAUUUUAUAUCUCCUUAUGCAAAUCUGAAGGAAUUUUCCAUUAUUGAUAGUGUCUGUCCUCAGGCCAUCUUUGUUUUUCCCAGUAGAAAUGUGUCUGCAGCAGCACUCAAUAGGCCAAAUAAAAAAGUGAGGGUUGACAUUGAGUAGGGCUUCCACCUCUCUAGCUACACAACUCUAAUGGCCUGUGACUCUCAGAGAGGAGCAGAGGACCAGAGGCUGAUGGAGAGGCUGAGAGAAGCCUCUUGUUUCAGAAAAGAAGUAAUGGUUUGUGUCUGUAUCCUCUUUCAGAACACCUGUGAAAUGUUGGCACUGGAAAAGAAUAAUCCUGGUCAUAGACUCUCAAAUUCUAAAUAUUGCAGUGGUUUUUAUUGCUGGCAUAAAAUUAAAAUCCCUUUCAUAUAGGAUAUGGAUAUCUGGGUCAUGUCAAGGAUGUGGAUGGUUUUUUGGCCUUAAAAUGAAGCAUCACAACAGUGAUUUGCUAAGAUGACAACCAAGAUGAUGAGUGAAUCCUGUAUUAAAAAAAAAAAAGCCCUUAGAGCAACAGCAUGAUCAAGCAUCAGUAGUAAAUGUGGUUGUGCUGUCAAAAAUGUGAUCUGGGCUACUGAAAAAUUGUUGACAUGGAAUGAGAAAAUAAAUACCAAUGAUAAUGA